CACUCCCACUCUUUUUUUCUUCAACUCCAGCUUCUUCUUCCCAAUUGUCGCGUCCCAUCACUCCAUCCUCGAGCCUUGUAUAGUGCGUCUGAUCGAGGGACGUUUGAUUGUAUACUUGCGCACUUCUCACGAACCGCUAUUGUCACUCCGCCCUCCUCAUCCAUCAUGGACGUGGCUCUGGAGUUCCUCGACCCCCUGGUGCUUGACAAAGCCUAUGCCUGGGCUCUCCCUCAACAAGCCCUCUCCUUCAGCAACAACAACACCUCAUACUCCGACCUCCCAAUACUAGACGCAACGAUCUCGUCACAAUGGCCGCGCGACAACAUAUACCGUCAGAUCAUCUCCAUCCUUACCAUCACGCAAAUCGGUGCCUCAUCGUUGUACUUCAUAUUCAGCGCGCUGUCAUACUACUUCAUCUUCGACCGCCGUCUCGAAUACCACCCCCGCUUUUUAAAGAACCAAGUCAAACUUGAAAUAAAAUCCUCAAUGUUCGCUGUGCCGUUCAUCACCCUCCUCACCUUACCCAUUUUCUUGGCUGAAGUGCGCGGAAAGAGUCUGAUAUACUCCAAUGUGGGCGACUACGGCUGGCCGUGGCUGGUAUGCUCCGCUGUGUUGUACAUGGCCUUCAAUGACAUUGCGAUCUACUGGAUUCAUCGUCUUGAGCACCAUCCAAGUGUCUACAAGUAUGUCCACAAGCCGCAUCACAAAUGGAUCGUGCCCACACCAUGGGCUGCUCUGGCUUUUCAUCCUGUCGACGGCUUCAUUCAAUCGGUCCCUUAUCAUCUGGUCGUCUUCAUAUGCCCUAUGCAGCGUUAUCUAUACCUCGUUCUCUUCGUUGCCGUCCAGAUCUGGACUAUACUCAUUCACGACGGCGAUAUGAUCACUGGCCAUUGGACUGAGGCGUGGCUCAACAGCCCUGCGCAUCACACGCUGCACCACAUGUACUUCACCGUCAACUACGGACAGUAUUUUACCUUCGCCGAUUCAUACUUCGGAAGCCACCGCGCCCCAGAUCCAAGCCUGGAUCCGCUACACGAUGCCUUGAAGGUCAUGCGUGCAAAAGGUCUAAUAGACGAGAAUGGCAAACCAAUUGAGAAGCCGAAGACUGCUUGAUUCGAAUUUUUGCAUGAGCAUAAGCGAGGAGAUCUGUGAUCUCCGCCCAUAGACGCAUUAAUAAUUUGUAAUCACCAUUCGCUUGUCAAGAUACCCUCUCUGGUCAGAGAUUCGCAUUAAGCGAACGAAGAGAAAUCGUGAAAGAAGACCAGGCCUAUACGUAGGCUUUACUAGAGAUAUUAAUAUAACCAUUUCAGAGUCUGAAUCUCACCCAAUAUCACG